CAUGCGCCGUAUUCCCAAGGCUCUUUGCCCUGAACCAACAUGGCUGCGCCCAGGGAGUCCCAGAUGCUCCAUUGAGCCAUACGGAGCAGAUCGCGGAGGCCGCUUCUCCGGAGGCCGCUUCUCCGAAGGUCAUCGGCACCAUGGCCCUGUGGGUGUGGGGCCGGGACCUGUUGGUUCUUUUCAGGAAGCCCGGGUUUCGGUUGGCGCCCUUCACCACUAGCCCCAGCCCGGCCCCGGCGCCCGAGGGGGACACGAAGGAAAAUGAGGCGAUCGCGCCGGAAUUCACCAACCGGAACCCUCACAAUCUGGAGCGCUUGGCCCUGGCCCGGAAGGAGCGGGGCUGGGCCACCGUGUGGCCGCCCCGAGCCUAUUGGCACAGGUUGCAAGUUCAUCGGACCCAGCACCACAUAGAAGCAUUUGUUGAGCAUCAUAAUGGGGAUGUUGCAGUUUCAGCAUCCACCCGAGAAUGGGCUAUUAAGAAGCACCUCUACAGAACUCGAAGUGUUAAUGCCAGUGAAAAUAUCGGAAGGGUUCUGGCUCAGCGGUGCCUGGAGGCUGGAAUCAACUUCAUGGUCUUCUACCCCACUUCUUGGGAAUCAUCCUCAGAAUCGAUACAGCGACUACAAAAUGCCAUGAAAGAAGGUGGGGUGGUGUUACAGGAACCCCGAAGAAUCUAUGAAUAAAAAAUUUAAUUUUUUUUUACUUUUAAUUUUAAAAAAAUCAGCUGAUAACCCUUUUAUCAAGAGACAGGAACUUGAAGGAUAAUCAUCUUGGUAUUUUACAGUAUAAUAAAUGUGACAGUUUUUCAAUGGUU